AUGAACCAUGGCCGCCGCUUCCUCUCCACUGUAAACAAUCCCUUUGACAACCUCUAUCAACUUCACGUUCCUUAUCUGAUAGAAAUGCAAGCGUCCAAAAAUCCCCGACCAAAACCCUCCAAUUGGCCUCCUCAAUCUUUCCACACCGUCCUGAUCCGCAAUCUCCAAUUAUUGGAGCUCGACCAACUUGAAGACUGGCCCGGCAUUACACCACGCACUCUCUUGCCCACGUCCCAGAACCAGCGCCAGCGCGUCAAAGCUAUUGAAUGGAUCUUGUUUCGAUUGGUCGCGCUUUGGGAUCCAGAGACAGCUCGCGAUAAACUCCGUCCUUUCUUCCCGCCACUGGAGCCUCUGCAAUCUGUGAACCUAAGGGCUGCCCUCUACCGCAUUCUGUCUGAUCUAAAAAAGAAUGGAGAUCUGGGCCGCGAGACCAUCCUCCGCAAGUCCAUGCUGGACGACUGCAAGGGCGAGAAAUUCGACGAGCUCCUAGCUGUCUUCUCUACUAACGUGCUACGGAGGAAAAUCUCAACCCGCAAUCCGGCAAUCGACUUAUCACUGACCUCCGGCCUGACACGGCAAGAAUACACGCGCCUUCUACCGCUGAUUCUUGCUCAUCGGGCAUCGCUGAGUACACUCAGCGAGCGCCGAGAGCGUGUUCGUGAUACCCAUGAGAAGUUCUCGCAGUUGUUGGACAGAAAGAAGGAGGAACUCGACACCCGGUCCGCAAUUGACACCCAUGCCAUCCGAGUACGGGACACUGAAAUAGAGGCUCUUGCCCACGAGACGAGAGCUAAUUGGCAAGGAAGCGUGGAAUGGGUUAACGUUCUACUCUACGGGGGUCUUAGUAGCAGCCGAGACGCCUUCUUAGAGCUCCCAUUUGAUAGUGCCUGGUCCCAAGCCAUGGCAUCUACAGUUGAUAAACUCCGCACCACCGCAACCCGCUCUGAUCUGAUACUGGAUCUCGAGACCCGAGUCUCGCGACAGCGAGCACGUCUACAACAUUGGUGUCGGUACUCAGAUUCACUCAAGCGUUCAGGACUGGCAUCACCAGCAAAGCCUGCAGCCACAAACAAGGGCCCUCAAUUGAUCUUCCGGGACCACCAGAACCUCACCAUUGCCAGCAUCUCCAAGGCAGUACGGCAACCUGUUAACCGAGGGCCUCCUGACGUCGACGAUCAAAACAUCCUGCACUCCCUCUCGACAGCAAUGGAGCGUAUAAAUGGCGUUUCGAGACAGCGACAGAGCUCGCCGAGCCCCAUUUCCGGGCUUGAGCCAGAGCCCGAACCGAAGACAUCAAGGUCAUAUCCACCCAUCGAAAGACCUGAAGUUAUCGAACCACCUACCGGAUCCAACGCUUCCGACUACAUUGACGAAGAGUCGCUCAAAAAGAGACACAGGGAAAUAUUCACGCUCACAGAACGCACCCGCAGAUCCAUGUCCUUUUUUGAAGGGAUCCCCGAGAGCCCUCCACAAGCGGAACCAAACCCCGUCAAAGAUUCCACAAAUUCAAGUCCAGAAGAAGAACCACCCAGAGAAUCCUACACCCUAGUUGAACGCACCCGGAAAUCCAUGUCCCUGCUUCCUCCACCCCGUGACCCUCCGCGUCCACCACGACAAUCUCGCAAAUCCCGCGCCUCCUUCCCCGUAAAUCAAUUCGAGACGCCUCCAAAGCCUUCUUACGAUAUCCCGAGCCGCGCAUCGACCCCAAGGGAUGAGUUAUUCGAGGAACAGGCUGAUUACGCGAGUGUAUUCAAGUCUAGGCCGCGUAUUGCGUUAAGUCCUGUUGCGUCGCCAGCAGUGCAUAUUAAUCCGAUUGAGGACUUUGAUCUUAGCGCGGAUGGGAAUUUCGGGCAAGGCCAUACCAAAGACGAUUUGAAUCACGCUGCACUAGGGUCGCCUUUGCGUUCCCGGGGGCGAUGGUGA